AUGAAUCCAGCUCUUAGCGCCGACACUCCACCUCCCCCACCUCCGAAGCCCAGCAGCCACGAGGCCAGUCGAAGAGGCACACCCCAACUCAACUCACCUCUGCCUGGCACACCGCAACAGUUUCACAGAACCUAUGACCAACAGGAAAGGCCGGACAUGUACUCAGGAAACAGGUAUUCGUCGCCAGGAGUUCCAUCUAGCGCACAGAAUGCACUGCCCCAACCCCCUCCUAUUGAAGAAGGCUGGCUACCGAGUGGUGUGAAGGAUAAAAGUACUGUGGACUUACAGGCUAUUCUCAAAGACCCUAACCUCAUCUCCGCCCUGUCGAGCCAACAUGCAUCCUACACGGCGCAUCAGCAGCACCUUGAAUCCCUCUUGAAAUACAACAAAGAUCUAGCGAACCGCCUCCUUGAACUCCAGUCGCAGAUGUCCGAGCUACGGUCAUCAACGGAGACUCUCCUCCUGACUCACCAAUCUCUCGAAGUUUCGUGGCGGAAAAAGCAAUCCGAGAUGGAUGCUGCCUUAGCCCCCUGGUCGCCUAAAGCGCUGUACCAGAGACUGGCUGCCUCGAUUUCGGAGCAGGAGGCUGUAUGUCGAGCAGUUGAAGAGAGUUUCCUCGAGGAGGAACACCAUGGCCGAGCGUCUGAAAAGGAGGUCGCGGACUGGAUUCGACGGGUCAGGGCGGAGUCGGCUAAGCUGGCUGCUAGAAGAGAGGCGAAAGCUAGGUGGGAUGAGGGUCGGGUAGGCGGGUGGAGGUGA